UCCUCACUGUCGUUUCGUCGGACUGCCUUCUGGGCUUUUCGGUAACUUGUUAAAUCUUAGGAACUUGGAAACUUGAAAACUUUAAAACUUGAAAACUUGAAAACUUAAAAAACAAAUUAAAACAUUUCCACGAUGCGAAGCAUGUUCUCCAACCGUUACGACAACAAACGACGUGAUUACUAUGAGCGCUACGAAGCAACUAGAAGGCAACAUCCUAGUUUGCCUCUGUACGAGCGUCCAGUGGAACCAGCUGAGUUGCAGGUGUUCGAAUCCGACUAUCGUCCUCGCCAUCUAUCAUAUCGCAAAUUUGCGAACCAAACGAGCAAGCAGAUAAGUGAUGACAGCUGGCUAUCGAGUAAUCGACUUCCCAUUGUGGUACGCCGCGACAUCGAGGAGAGGAACGACACACUCUUGAUGCCCAAGUACGAUCCUGGAACGGCCAUUCAUGAAUUUAGCCAUAAUGGCAAGCCACGACGUGGUCGUCCUCCGGCCCCCGCCACCAUGGCCAAAUUAGCAUCGGAUUUCGCCGCCCAAGUCGGUGGCCGAGUCGGUAGCGAGUCGGAGGAGCAGGUGGAGGAGUUGGUGGUGGAUGUAGAUAUUGAUGUGGAUAUGGAUACGGAUACGGUGGAGAGCUCCAAGAAAUCGGAAGACGACGAAAUCAUCGUCAAUAAGAUAAGUUCAAACAUCAAUCCCAACCAGAAAGCGACACAGAGCUCGCCGCCUUAUCUAAAUCAGAAUGUUAACCAGAACUUUAUACAAAACUUAACCACGAAAACAAAUCCUGUUAAAAAUUCGGCAAGUCCUAAGCAGACCGAGGAUGAAUGUCUUUCAGCCUAUACAGACGAUGAGGAGGAACAAUUCCAAAACCCAUUACUGUUGGCUCGGUAUUCGCUACUUCGCUCUUUCUAUUGCCCGAUAGGAAGCUGCCAGAAAAACUUUGAGCUGCGCCGCGAAUUGUACAAGCAUCAGCGGGAUACUGGUCACCACAACUGGUCAUACAAGUGCGAUAAGUGUGGCCAGAUCUUCCGCACAGCUGGCUUCAAGCGCAUGCACUCGAGCAAGGCCUGCGAACGCAAGCUGAGCAAGUUCAGUGCCACGAAGACGAACGAAGCUAAGAAACCAAAAAGAAAGCCAAGAUGAUGCCCUCCUCACUGUCACACAGUAAAAAAAAAACAUGUUGUUAUAUUAAAUAUUAUG